AGGAGGGAAAACAAGAGAAGGAGGGGGGAGGAGAGAGAGAGUGAGAGAGAUGGGGGAGCGGCGCCACCAAGCGGUGGACGAGGUGUUGAAGGUGUUGAGCAAAGCGAGCCGCGACCUCGCCGUCGUCCAGCGCCACCUCGACCUCGAAUUCCAGCGAUCCUAUCCCGACCACGCGAACCCUUGCAAGAUUGUCGCUCGGAUCAAGAAGAUCCAGGGGGAGCUGGUCUCGCUCAAGGAGCUGUGCCGUGAGCUCCUCGCGGAAAAACAGGAUCUUAUAGACAAAGCGAGGACAACUUUGGUUGGGCAGAGGAGUUCAUUGCAGCGCUUGCUUGCAUCUUCUGGUCUGCCACUUUUAACUGAAUCCGACGACAUUGCAUACACAAAUUUAAAUCAGGUUAUUGAUGAGUGGACAGCUCAAGUGAGAGGAAAGACAGGAGAUGAGAAAAACACUGAUGAGGAUAUUAAUCAGAUGCUGUUCUCAGCAAUUGUUCAGAACAGCUGAGGUCACAAGCAAAAUGCAGCCAGUUGGAAGCAAGUUGUUAAAUUGUCGCCAGCAUUGAGUGAAUCUGCGUGAAAUGUGUAUGGAUUUGGAUUCGCAUUUUAAAAUGGUUUGAUUUUCAGUUCAUUUUAAAUUAUUAUCUAUGAUGAUACUGUCCAAUAGUGGAAUUGGCAAAUAUUGAGCCAUCCUUGCAUCC